UGCGUUUCUGUUUUUCCACCUUCUACUCCAUUCCACCUACUACUUUUCCUUUCUCUUUUCCUUUUUGGAAUCACGAGAGCGCUACAUUCGCUGGCCUGCGUCUAUGAUGUGAGAGAGAAGCGCUUGGAUCCUCUGCUUGUCAUCAUCCAUCCAUCCAUCCUUGUUCUUAAAUGACAUCAUGAGAUGAUUAAUUCCGAUCAUCCUGCUGCCAUUAUUGGCCUGGCGACAAUCUUCAGUUCUGCCUGCUGAGUACUCUGAAUCUCUUCUUCAUCUGCGGCUCGUAGUUUGCUAUUCUGGGAGGAAUUAAAAUUCUGAGUUAGUGCGGGGGAGGAUAACAUAUACUUGAAGGUGAUAAAAUGGCCGACGAGAAUGGCUUGGUCGGUGAUAAAGAUAUGCACAAGGCCGCCAAAUCAAAAAGCUCUGCACUGGAAACAGAAGCUGGGACAAGCUCUGGUACAAAUGCGGAUCGGCAUGACUCGAAGAAGACUAAGGAACAUCAGAGCACCAAAACGGUUCCAUUUUACAAACUGUUCGCUUUUGCAGACUCCAUAGAUGUUACCCUGAUGAUCGUUGGUACGAUAGGUGCUGUUGGCAAUGGCUUGUGUAUGCCGCUUAUGACAAUUCUCUUUGGGGAAUUGGUUGAUUCUUUUGGACAAAACCAAAAUAACAACCAUGUGGUUGACGCAGUUUCCAAGGUAUCAUUGAAAUUUGUCUAUUUGGCCAUGGGAUCUGGUGCAGCAGCGUUCCUCCAGGUGGCUUGCUGGAUGGUAACAGGAGAGCGACAAGCUGCAAGAAUAAGGAGCCUUUACUUGAAAACUAUAAUCAGACAAGAUAUUGCUUUCUUUGACAAAGAAACUAAUACAGGAGAAGUUAUAGGUCGAAUGUCAGGUGACACUGUUCUCAUCCAAGAUGCCAUGGGGGAGAAGGUUGGGAAGUUUAUACAGCUGACCUCCACAUUUUUGGGAGGCUUUGUGAUUGCAUUUAUCAAGGGGUGGCUUCUCACUCUUGUCCUGUUGACCUCUAUUCCUCUACUAGUAAUAGCUGGUGGUGCCACGGCCAUGGCCAUAUCCAAAAUGGCAUCCCAAGGACAAAAUGCUUACGCUAAAGCGGCAAUCAUAGUUGAACAAACUAUUGGGUCCAUCAGAACUGUUGCGUCCUUUACCGGGGAGAAACAAGCGGUAAUUAAUUACAAUAAAUCUCUUGUAGAUGCUUACAACUCAGGUAUUCAAGAAGGCUUAGCUGCAGGAUUGGGUUUUGGAGCAGUUAUGUUUGUCGUGUUCAGCACCUAUUCUUUGGCAAUAUGGUUUGGUGCAAAGAUGAUAUUGGAAAAGCAUUAUACUGGUGGUGAAGUGCUCAAUGUAAUUGUUGCUGUGUUGACUGGUUCCAUGUCCCUUGGGCAGGCAUCUCCCAGCAUGAGUGCAUUCGCCGCAGGUCAAGCUGCAGCAUAUAAGAUGUUUGAAACCAUAAAUAGGAAGCCAGAGAUAGAUGCAUAUGACACCCGUGGAAAGAAGCUGGAUGACAUUCGUGGUGACAUAGGAUUAAGGGAUGUUUAUUUUAGUUAUCCAGCCAGACCAGAUGAGCAAAUAUUCUCCGGAUUUUCACUUUCCAUUGUGAGUGGCGUAACAGCAGCUUUGGUUGGACAGAGUGGAAGUGGAAAGUCAACAGUAAUCAGUCUGAUAGAGAGAUUUUAUGAUCCACAAGCUGGUGAAGUUCUUAUAGAUGGUAUUAAUCUCAAGGAGUUCCAGCUGAAGUGGAUCAGGGAAAAAAUUGGUCUUGUAAGCCAAGAGCCUGUGUUGUUCGCAUGCAGCAUCAAGGAUAACAUAGCCUACGGGAAAGAUGGUGCAACCAUUGAAGAGAUUAGAGCAGCAGCUGAGCUAGCAAAUGCUGCUAAAUUCAUUGACAAACUGCCGCAGGGGUUGGACACCAUGGUGGGUGAGCAUGGGACUCAGUUGUCUGGUGGACAGAAGCAGAGAGUUGCCAUAGCCAGAGCAAUUCUAAAAGACCCACGAAUUUUACUCCUAGAUGAAGCCACAAGUGCACUAGAUGCAGAAUCUGAGAGGAUCGUUCAAGAGGCUUUAGAUAGGAUAAUGAACAACAGAACAACCGUAAUUGUGGCCCAUCGGUUGAGCACAGUAAGGAAUGCCGACAUGAUCGCAGUGAUUCACAGAGGGAAGUUAGUUGAAAAAGGUUCGCACUCUGAACUACUUGAGAAUCCAGAAGGAGCAUACUCUCAGCUUAUACGGUUGCAAGAGGUGAACAAAGAUUCUGAACAAGCUGCAACAAACCAAGAGAAAUCAGACUCCAUAACAGAACAAAGUAGACAAUCAAGCCAAAGAAUGUCAUUCCUCCGUUCCAUAAGCCGCGGAUCCUCUGGGGCAGGAAAUAGCAGCCGCCACCUUUCAGUUUCAUUUGGUCUACCUACGGGACUUAAUGUUCCUGAAACUGCAGUGACAGAAACUGAAAACUCUUACCUACAAUCAUCAGAAAAGCCACCAGAAGUCCCGCUAAGACGACUUGCCUAUCUCAAUAAGCCAGAGGUACCUGUGCUGAUAGCGGGAUCUGUAGCAGCUAUUGUUAAUGGCUCAAUAAUGCCAAUUUUUGGUCUAUUGAUUUCUACUGUGAUUAAAACAUUUUAUGAGCCUCCCCAUGAACUAAGAAAAGAUUCAAAGUUUUGGGCACUCAUGUUUCUCAUCCUUGGACUGGCAUCAUUAUUGGCAUUUCCAACACGGACAUACUUCUUCUCCGUGGCUGGUUGUAAGUUGAUUGGAAGGAUCAGAUCAAUGUGUUUUGAAAAGGUCGUUCACAUGGAGGUUGGUUGGUUUGAUGAACCUCAGCACUCGAGUGGAGCAAUUGGAGCGAGACUUUCUGCUGAUGCAGCUACUGUGCGAGCUCUAGUUGGGGAUGCACUUGCUCAGCUUGUUCAAGACUCUGCAUCAGUAGUUGCAGGAUUGAUCAUUGCCUUUACAGCAAGUUGGCAACUGGCACUGAUUGUCCUUGCCUUGAUACCUCUGAUAGGGUUGAAUGGUUUUGUUCAAGUGAAGUUCAUGAAAGGUUUCAGUGCAGAUGCAAAGAUGAUGUAUGAGGAAGCAAGUCAAGUAGCCAAUGAUGCUGUUGGAAGUAUAAGAACAGUUGCUUCUUUCUGUGCCGAAGAAAAAGUCAUGGAACUGUACAGGAAGAAAUGUGAAGGACCCAUGAAGACAGGGAUAAGACAAGGAUUGAUUAGUGGCAUAGGUUUUGGGACAUCUUUUGCUUUGCUAUUUUGUGUCUAUGCUACCAGCUUCUAUGCCGGAGCACGGCUAGUUGAGGAUGGUAAAACAACAUUCGCAGAUGUUUUCCGAGUUUUCUUUGCUCUCACCAUGGCAGCUAUUGGAAUUUCUCAAUCAAGCUCCUUAGCUCCUGAUUCUUCUAAAGCCAAGGCGGCUUCUGCUUCCAUAUUUGCCAUUCUUGACAGGAAGUCGGAGAUAGACCCAAGUGAUGAGUCCGGGAUGACUUUAGAAAGCGUAACGGGUGAAAUUGAGCUUCGACAUAUAAGCUUCAAGUACCCAACUAGGCCAGAUAUUCAAAUUUUCCGUGAUCUCAGUUUGACCAUUCAUAGUGGCAAGACAGUAGCACUGGUUGGAGAAAGUGGAAGCGGGAAGUCAACAGUUAUAGCUCUAUUGCAAAGAUUUUACGAUCCUGAUUCAGGUCAUAUUACACUCGAUGGAAUUGAGAUUCAGAGGUUGCAAUUGAAAUGGCUGAGGCAGCAGAUGGGUCUGGUCAGCCAAGAGCCGGUCUUGUUUAAUGACACAAUCCGUGCUAACAUUGCAUAUGGAAAGGAUGGUAAUGCAACAGAGGCAGAAAUCUUAGCUGCAUCAGAGCUGGCAAAUGCCCACAAGUUUAUCAGCGGUUUACAACAGGGGUACGAUACAGUGGUAGGCGAGCGAGGAGUGCAACUGUCUGGUGGACAGAAGCAAAGAGUAGCGAUUGCUCGUGCCAUGGUAAAGAGUCCGAAGAUACUGCUCCUGGACGAGGCCACAAGCGCGCUGGAUGCCGAGUCGGAGAGAGUGGUUCAAGAUGCAUUAGACCGGGCGAUGGUGAACAGGACAACGGUGGUGGUGGCACAUAGGCUGUCCACAAUCAAGAAUGCGGAUGUGAUUGCGGUGGUCCAAAAUGGUGUCAUAGUAGAGAAGGGAAGGCAUGACACUCUGAUUAAAGUUAAAGAUGGUUUCUACGCCUCAUUAGUGGCGCUUCACAUGAGCGCUUCAUAAUUGAGGGACAGAAGAAAGCGUCUUCCUUUCCUUUCCUUUCCACACACGGGCUUCUUCUCUUAGCUCUGCAAAAUCUUUCCACUUCUUUAUUAAAUUAAAGGUAGCAAGCUGCAAGUUCCCCCCCUUUUUUUGGAGCCCACUAGUGGGGAUUCUUGGGUCGACUCGCACCAUAUACAGUGGAAUCGAUAUUUAAAGUAUCAUUACUUACCUUUUUAAUACCUUUAAAAAGGUUUGUAAUGUCUUUUUGUUGUUGUAAGACCUUGCUAAAAGUAGUUCAGUUUGCAGAAUUUUUGUAUCUUUUGUUCAUAUGUUAUAUUAUUGGCAUUAGAAAUGUGUAGAGAUUCAGGUAAAUGCAAUUGACUUUGGCUGGGAAGAUUAGCCACCCAAUAAAAUUAAUACUUGGUACAUUCCAUUA